CAGAAGAUUAAAAAACUAAUAAGCAGUAAACGUGUCAUACUCCUCUUUCAUUUCCAUUGUGUUUGCUUUGUUUUACUGCUUAAAAACACCUUUUUUAGGUUCAUUACUUUGUUUCCAAGGAUCACCAGGGCUGUCAGGGCUAAUCUGUUUAAUAUUGGCACAUGAUUAAGUGGGUGAUGAGUGUUCUCACAUAUUGUUCGUCUCUACAUGCGUUGCAGACAACUGGACAACUGGGACUGUUGGAUCAGAGUCCAUUUGCAGGGAUUUAUCUGUUUAAUAACUGGGAGGGUUGUGUUGCACUACCCUCAGGGCCGCGUAAUAAUGCACUCCGGUUGCUCAGUCAUCACUAAUGCCCUGAUUUUGCUAAAUGGACCUGGUUAAGUCUCAUAUUAGUGGACGUCCCUUCCUCUGGCCUGUCCCCUGUUCCCCUUUGUAACAGUAGCAUCUUUCUCCAGCUCUCCUGGGGGUUGCCAGCCAGUGACCGCGAGGUGUAUAAAAGACCCAGCGAGGAUGUUAGCACCACUGAAGUUAGCCAGGACGCCACACGAAGAGGACACUUAACCCCCGAGCAGGACGAGCCCUCCCUCUGUUCUCCAGGAGCUGGGGCUUAAAACUCAACAGGUGAUAUCGCACAUCCGAGGUCUCCCUCUGCCUCUGUCAUCUGAUUCCACCUGACCUCCUCACAGCUUUGAGACCAUGGACACAGCUGCGGUGGUGACUCUUCUGGCUCUGGUCAUGGCGACGGCUGGCGUGAGCGGGGCUCUUCGUAUCCAAGGCAGUCUGGACAAAAAUGACAUCCUGCCAGGCUCAGAAGAGAACAUGGUCGACCACUUGCUGGGGCUGGAGAGUGAAAACGUAGAUAACAGCAUUGACGAUCGCCUGCUGACCGCGGUGCUGAGAGCUCUGCUGCUCGGGUCCCAGAGAGAAACCAGGAACUCUGUCCUCCAUCAACCACAGAGGUUUGGCCGCAACUCCAGAGCGCAGGUGCUGUCGGAGGAUCAGAUACAGUCCCGUGAUUGGGAGGCCGCCCCAGGUCAGCUCUGGAGCAUGGCUGUACCCCAGAGAUUCGGCAAGAAAUAAUCUGGCUGGCAGAUCCUUACAUCAGUGUCGGGGCACGAGGCCGAGCAGCAGGCGACUGUGGAGAGCCAAAAUUUGAAUGAAUAAAUCUGAAUUGUAAAAGCACAUUUGUUAUUUCGACACUGUCCCGGCCCAUUAGGCCUUACUGACAUCCAACGUUUAGUUAAAGAUGACACGAGCUUACAUUUUCUGUUGUUUUAGAUUUCCAACACUAUUAAAGCAUGUCGACGAGUGCCUAACAAGGUUUUCUGAGCAGACCUCAUUUGUCCUGACGGGAAAGUUAUUCAGGACCAGAAGAGUUUGCUGUAAAAUAAUUGCUGCUUCUUUUUGUUAUUCUUCUGUUCUCUGGUCAAAUAAAAGAGCUUCG